AUGAACGACCAGCAGCAGCCGCCCGACCUCUCGGGCCUGCUCCUGCGGCUGUACCAGCAGAGCCAAGGGAUACACAAGUCGAGCAAGAAGGCCUCGGACGAGCUCCAGUCGCACCUCGCGACGACCGCGCUGCCCGUCGAAUGCCAUGAGAAGCUCUUCCACCAGAUUCUGCACCACGCGACGCUGUCGGGCGACGCCCACGCGGGCCCGACCCGCUGGCUCACGCUCGUGGCCGCGUCCAACCUCCUCUGCACGGCCGGCAUGCUCGCCAUGUACCCGAUGCAGAAGAUCCUCCUGCGCGUGUUACCGGACGCACUCGAGCGCUGGUUCAAGCUCACGGCGACCAACGACCGCCAACCGAGUGGCAAUGGCCAGCUCCGCGACGGCCAGAGCGGCCAGGCAUUUGCGCUCGCCAUGUUUCUCGAUGCGAUCGUGUCGCUGCUCGAAGGCAGCGACGACGAGGCCGCGGUCGUCGAGCUCAGCCGC